UUAAAUUCGUUUGCUAAUGUUAAGUGUUGUAUAAAGCAGUUGACAAUCAGUUAACAGCGUGUUAACUAACAAUAUGUCAAACCUGUGUUAACUCAGGAUUUGGGUUGUAUAAAGCUAUCGUCAAAGUUAACAUCAUGUCAAACCUUAGUUAACUUUCUGUCAGCUAAUUAGUCAUCCGUCAUCAAUUAAGUUGCGAUUUUGUGUUUGCUUGAAGUUUUAAGGACAAGGUUUCUGAUAGGUUUUGAGGUAAAAUAAACGUAAUUCAGUAGUAAUAUGUUGUAUUUAACAUAAUUGUUCAUGCAAAUCAAUAGAAGAUGUCAGCAUCUACUUUGUCUUCAUUGAGUGACGAAAGCGAUGAAGAAGGGAGACUGCAAGCAGCAAGAAUUCGCCGUCCAAGACGCUUUUUCGUUCGUAAGGAUCCUUUUGAACUAUAUGAUGAUAUGAAUUUCAAGGAAAGGUAUAGGAUCAACAAAAACACAUUCAACGAGUUGCUCAAUCUGAUUGGUCAUCACCUGGAACCUGCAACAAAAAGAAAUCACUCUAUUUCUGCAAAAUUGCAACUCCUUGUUACUUUACGAUUUCUGGCAAGUGCAUCAUUUCAACAAGUGCUCGGGGACAAUAUUGGCAUUCAUAGAUCUUCAACCAGUAGAAUCAUUACCAGAGUAUGUAAUGUUAUAGCAGCUUUAAAACCUCGUUACAUUAAGAUGCCAGUAACUGGCCAAGAAAGACGUUCAGUUAAGUCUGGAUUUCACAACAUUCGUGGGUUUCCGAAAGUAAUAGGUGCUCUCGAUUGCACUCACGUCAAAAUACUCUCUCCAGGAGGUGAGCAAGCCGAACGAUUUCGGAACCGCAAAGGGUACUUCUCAAUCAAUGUUCAGGGAGUUUGUGAUUCAGAAUUAAAAAUCAUAAACAUUAUUGCUCGUUGGCCUGGUUCCGUUCACGACAGCACCAUUUUCAAUGACUCACCCCUGUGUGCUGAUUUAGCUUCUGGCGUAUACGGAACAGACUUUGUAUUAGGUGAUAAUGGUUACCCAUGUCGCAGUUAUUUACUGACACCACUGCUGAAUCCAAGAAACCGUAUGGAGAGAGCAUACAAUGCGGCUCACAAGGCCAGUAGAAAUUGUAUUGAGAGGUGUUUUGGAGUGCUGAAACGACGUUUUCCUUGUUUGUCUAGAGGAUUAAAUAUGAAACUUCAAUCAACUCUCCACAUUAUUGUCGCUUGUGCAGUGCUACAUAACAUAUGCAUUCUAGAAAAGGACGCAUUUUUUGAAGGUGAAGAUCAAGAUGUUGAUGAAGAUCCAGAAUUGCACAUUUUUAAUAACGAAAACACAGCAGUUCGAGUGGCCCUAAUUAAUUCAGUGUUUGCAGACCUUUAA